AUGCCAUCCAAUGUCUGGUGCACACAUUGCAGUGAAUAUGUCACUAGGAAGCGUGCGCGUGAACAUCGAAACUUGAUGUAUUCACCUUAUUCACAUACUGCUAGCACUGUCAUACCUUCGACACAAUUUCCACCGCACACUUCUGUUCCAGAACCUAUUUUACCUCCACCUGAACAAUCAUUCCUUGACGAUGACGAGCCUCUGAAUGAGAUUGCCGGGCCCAGACCUUUCAAACUGUCCACUGGAGAGCCGAUGAAUCCAGUACUUCGGGCUCGAGUUGAGGAUGCCGAUUCAGAUGAUGGGGAUGAGAUGGAUUGUGACGAUUGGCGAGAGUUAGAUCCAGCAGAUGCUGAGAGGCUAGAUGAGGAAGAUAUGUUUGCCUGGGAACAAUUUCAACAGCAAUACUGUGUUCAGCAUGCUGGCCUGACUUUUGAAGACAACAUGAGGCUUGAAUAUGAGUGGAAUGCUACCAACACUACUCUUGGGGAAUAUGAUGUUGCUAUCUGUCGUGCAUUUGCAUUCAAAGUUACAGAGCAUAUCACUGAUAAAGCUUUUGAAAAAGUUCCGUUUGCAUUCCCUCGUGGCCCAGAACAGACACCGCUACCCAAACUGGAUAGUUUGAACAGCCGAAUAAAGCUGCUUGCCAGGAUUUACCCCCAAUUGUAUGAUAUGUGUCCGCAAUCAUGCUGCUGCUAUGCUGGUGCUUAUGAAAAACUUGAUAAAUGUCCGUUCUGUGAGGAGCCUUGUUUCCGGAGUGAUAGGUGUGCUCGCAAACAUUUUACAUAUAUCCCCCUCAUUCCCCGACUCAAAGCCUUUGCUCGAAGUGAACCCAUGGCCACCAAGAUGCGCUAUCAUGGUCACGAACACCAACAUGUACCUGGAAUGUCGUCAGAUAUAUUUGAUGGCAAAUCCUAUCGCCGUCUUCUUCAAUGA